UCAGAGACUGUGCAUCUGGCUCUCGGCGCUCUGCCAGCACAGUCUGCGAGAGGCUGUCACUGAGGCGCCGGUCACACGCUCCCUGUCUCUGAUCAGUUGCUCGGCGCUCGGCUGUUCCCUGUUUCUCGGCAGUAACAUGGCGGCAGCGGUGGUGGAAGUCGCCUCAGUCGGGCACUUUGAGGAGCUGCUCCAGAAGAGCGCGAAAUCUCUGCUUGUUGUACAUUUCUGGGCACCAUGGGCUCCUCAGUGUUCCCAAAUGAAUGACGUUAUGGCCGAGCUGGCCAAGGUCCACCCUGAAGUCACAUUUAUAAAGCUUGAAGCAGAAGCCAUUCCUGAGGUAUCCGAAAAGUACGAAAUCAUCUCCGUGCCAACCUUUUUGUUUUUUAAGAACUCUCAGAAGAUCGACAGGCUAGACGGGGCCCAUGCACCUGAGUUGACCAAACGAGUUCAGCGCCACGCAUCAAACACCUCCUUUCCAGCUGCCCCCAACAGCACUCCCAAGGAGGAUAUCACUGCCAGACUGAAGAAGCUCAUCAGCGCUGCACCGUGUAUGUUGUUCAUGAAAGGAUCUCCUCAGGAGCCCCAGUGCGGGUUCAGUAGGCAAAUAUUGGAUAUCCUUAACAAGCAUAAGAUCAAAUAUAGCAGCUUUGAUAUAUUGUCUGAUGAGGAAGUGCGGCAGGCACUAAAAACCUUCUCCAACUGGCCCACUUACCCCCAGCUGUACAUCAAUGGGGAGCUCGUCGGAGGCCUGGACAUUGUCAAGGAGCUGGAGGCAUCAGGGGAGCUGAAUACAAUGUGUCCCAAGGCCCAGAGCCUGGAAGACAGACUCAAAGCACUAAUCAAUAAAGACCCAGUCAUCCUUUUCAUGAAAGGGAACAAACAGAUGCCUAAAUGUGGAUUCAGCAGACAGAUCCUGGAAAUCCUGAGUAGCACCGGUGUGCAGUAUGCAACCUUCGAUAUCUUGGAGGAUGAAGAGGUUCGGCAAGGAUUGAAAACAUACUCUAAUUGGCCGACUUAUCCACAGCUGUAUGUAAAAGGAGAGCUUAUUGGAGGACUGGACAUUAUAAAGGAGUUGAAAGAAAGCGGUGAAUUGGUUUCGUCACUGAAAGGAGAACAUUAACGUAUGGAUGUGCUAUAGGUGACACAAUAUAUAGAUCAAGGGUUCUUUCGAUUGAUCCUGGUUCUUUGACCUCCUACCUGGAUCUCCAUAAACCUUAUUCUGUCUGCGUCUUUAUUCUUUAAAACGUCAUGAUCUGUACAGGAUACAAUGUAUUUGGAAAUAGGGACAAUUAUGCUCAUGCCCAUUCAUGUGAAAUCUGCUACUACUAUACUAAACAAAAUAUUUUAAUUUAAUAAACAUUAUUAAAAUCUCGUUA